AGACUCGUUCGUGAGAUAGCUCAGGAUUUCAAGACCGACCUUCGCUUCCAGAGCUCGGCAGUCAUGGCUCUGCAGGAAGCAAGCGAAGCUUACCUGGUCGGCCUCUUCGAAGACACCAACCUCUGCGCCAUUCACGCCAAACGCGUCACCAUCAUGCCCAAGAACAUCCAGCUCGCCCGCAGAAUCAGAGGCGAACGUGCUUAA